UUCAAGAGUGAAACGGGUAGAAUGUAUAGAGUCAUGGAUUGCGCUGGUGGCACCGAACCAGAAUCACUAUUCGUCACCCUUGGCUCUGGUUCGACGCAUUUGCAGAGAAUUAUCGAACGUGCUCAAUACUUACGGCAAGUUGUUGCGCCCCAAGAAAAAUUUAAGGUUGGCAUAUUGAAGAUUAGGGUGUAUAGACCAUGGUCAGAAAAAUGCUUUUUGGAUAGUCUUCCGAAGACGGUUAAGAAUGUUGUCGUAUUGGAGCAAGUGGUCGCCCGCACAACCAAAUGGAAACCCUUAUACCUUGAUGUGGUUGCCGCUUUUCAGAAUCGCUCACACUGGACAAAUCAGGUCCCUUUGGUUACGAGCGGUCAGUACGGCGAGUUUGAUGAUACCACCAUCGAUUUUGAUGUGAAGGCAUUACUAGAGAAUCUUUCGGCAAUCGAAUCACGCCGAGAUCUUGUCAUCGGAAAGUCGUCGAAUCAAAAAUUAAACGGUGCAAAUGGGACAACCAUUUCAACCGAUACCUUCCCAGCCUUGGAAAAACCCUAUUUUAACAUGUUGGGCGAAAUAUUUGCGGACAGAUUGUUUAUCGCAAACGCUAUCUCGAAACCUAAUGUCGGCCAUCCAGAUAUCAUAAAAUCGACUCCAGAAUUCGGAUUUGGUGUUUUGCUCGCAAAACUUCAGAAACGUGCAGAAUUGGCCGAAAGAGUUUCACAGGUGAUCAAGGACACAUCUAUUACAUUAUCCGAGCCCUUACUCAAAUCGUUAUCACAAUGGCUCCUUCAUAAGGAUGAUGCGAAGAAAUCCAAGGAAUUCGGGAAUGCAGCCAUCGAACAUCUUGAAAAACUGUACAAGAAAAAUUCGUCCCUCGAAGAAAUUUACAAUCAAAGGGAGCUAUUCGUUAAACCGGCUAAUUGGCUUAUCGGUUCGGAUGCUUGGAUGUAUGAUAUAGGUGGAUCUGGAGUUCAUCAUGUUAUUUCCUCGGGGAAAGAUGUUAAUCUCUUAAUCAUCGACUCUCAACCUUACACCUCGCGUGCCGCGUCCGACCCGGAGAAGCGUAAGAAGGAUAUCGGUCUGUAUGCAAUGAAUUAUGGAAAUGUUUACGUGGCAUCAGUCGCCGUCUACUCUUCCUACACUCAGGUCUUGCACGCACUGAUAGAAGCUGAGGGAUACCGGGGUCCCUCAAUCGUACUGGCGUAUUUACCUUACGACAGUGAAGAUGAUAGUACCAUCAAAGUAUUGAAGGAGACAAAGUUGGCGAUCGACACCGGUUAUUGGCCCUUGUAUCGGUGGAAUCCUGCAUUGGAAAAAGAAGGUAAAGAACCUUUCACACUAGAUUCCGAGAAAAUUAAACGAGAGCUUCAAGAGUUCUUGGACAGAGAAAACCUUCUCACGCAACUUACGAAUUCUCAACCGGAACUUUCCACCGUAUUAACGAACUCCCUUGAGUCGGAGGUGAAAUCACGACAAAAAUCUCUCGCGGCAUCAGCAUACGAAAAGCUCAUGAACGGUUUAACUGGACCAUCGCUCUUGAUCCUAUUUGGAUCGGACAAUGGUAACGCAGAGGGUCUGGCCAAGAGAUUGCACGCAGGCGCCAAGGCACGUAGCGUAAACUCCCGAUCUGGACAAGGAGAGUUCCCGCAAAAUGCUCGCGAGUUCUGGAAGACGAUAUCUACGACCACUGAACUCUCUUUUUCGGAGACGCAAUUUGCGGUGUUUGGUCUUGGUGAUAGCAAAUAUUGGCCGCGACAAGAGGAUGCGAUUUAUUACAAUAAGCCCGGAAAAGAUUUGUAUAGCCGUUUGAAGAUUUUGGGUGGAAAUGAGUUACUGGAUCUUGGAUUGGGGGAUGAUCAGGAUGAUGACGGGUAUGAGACCGCCUUCCAGGCGUGGGAGCCUGAACUUUGGAAGGCUCUCGGGGUGGAACUAGUCGGAAACGUAGAACGCAAGAAGACGGACGAUGAUAUGAAACAUGAAUCGAAUUUUUUGAGAGGUACAAUUGCAGAGGGACUCGAAGAUACGUCAACUGGAGCGUUGUGUGAAAGAGACACCAAGCUAACCAAAUUCCACGGAAUAUAUCAACAAGACGAUCGUGAUUUGCGCAAUGAACGUAAGGAGCAAGGAUUAGAGAAAGCCUAUUCGUUCAUGGUUCGAGUGCGUGUGCCCGGCGGGGUAUCUACGCCCCAACAAUGGUUAGAUAUGGAUAAGAUUGCUGAUAUGUAUGGAAGCGGGUCGUUAAAAAUGACAACUCGGCAAGCAUAUCAAUUACACGGCGUUCUCAAGCGAAACUUAAAAGCCGCGAUCAGAGGUAUCAACAAAUGUUUGUUAGAUACGUUGGCUGCUUGUGGUGAUGUCAAUCGUAACGUCAUGUGUAAUCCGAAUCCCUACCUUUCCGAGGUUCACGGUCAGGUGUAUGAUUUUGCUAAGAAAUUGAGCGCACAUCUUUCACCCCAGACUACGGCCUACCAUGAGAUUUGGUUAGAUGAUAAUGUUGUCUCGGGUAAAGCGGUACAAGAUUUUGAACCACUUUACGGGCCAACUUAUCUUCCACGUAAAUUCAAAGUUGCAAUUGCAAUUCCUCCCAGUAAUGAUGUUGAUGUCUAUGCGCAUGAUUUGGGUUUUAUUGCUAUUUCGGAUAAAGGUAAACUUUUGGGUUACAAUGUAACCGUUGGAGGUGGAAUGGGGAUGACCCACAAUAACAAGAAGACGUAUCCUAGACUUGGUGAACUUCUCGGCUUCUGCAGACCCGAUCAGGCUAUCGACGUCGGAGAGAAGGUGAUGUUGGUUCAACGCGACUUCGGAGACCGAACCAACCGCAAACACGCACGUCUCAAGUAUACAAUCGACGACAGGGACUUGAAUUGGUUCCGUUCUGAAGUGGAAUCUCGCUUGGGAUACAAACUAGAUCCAGCGGCUCAAUAUCAUUUCGAGGAAAAUGCCGAUCGAUACGGUUGGACAAAAGGUAUAGAUGACAAAUGGCAUUUCUGUAUGUACAUAGAGAACGGUCGCGUCAAAGAUUUCCCCGGAUUACCAACCAAGACCGGCUUACGCGAAAUCGCCAAAAUACACAAGGGCGAUUUCCGAUUGACACCUAACCAACAUCUUAUCCUUGGUGAUGUUUCCGAGAAAGAUAAGCCACAAAUCGAUGAGUUGUUAAAGAAAUACAAAUUGGAUAAUCUACAGUAUACCGGUAUUAGAUUGAAUUCGAUGGCGUGUGUGGCAUUACCAACAUGUGGUCUGGCAAUGGCAGAGUCCGAAAGAUACCUUCCUCUGCUUGUGUCGAAAUUAGAAGACAUUGUAGAAGAGGUGGGACUAAGGGAUGAUGCUAUUACAAUCAGAAUGACGGGGUGUCCUAAUGGUUGCGCGCGUCCUUACGUAGCUGAAAUCGCGUUCGUCGGAAAAGCCUUGGGUACGUAUAAUGUUUAUUUGGGCGGAGGAUUUCAUGGCCAGAGGUUGAAUAAAUUAUACAAGGAAAACAUGAAGGAAGAUGCGAUCUUGAAAGAGUUGAAACCAAUUUUAUUACGAUAUUCAAAAGAAAGAUUAGAUGGCGAAAAAUUUGGCGAUUUUGUGAUUAGGGCCGGCUACGUGAAAGCCACCAUAGCUGGAAAAGAUUUUCACGACUUGUAA